AUGGGGAGCCUACAGACAGGACUGGGACACAUCUCGUCAUCCAGAUUGCCUGACAAUGCCUGUUGUGAAGACUCCCUGUUCCCAAAGUUGCAGAGGAUCGUGACAGAGCAAUGGUGCAUAUACUCCAAACCAGUCCCAGCAGGCAGCCGGGAGCUGUGGGCCCUAUUUCUGCAGUGCUCCUGCAUCACUGUGCUGCUUGGAGGCCUCUUCUACAACUGGCUCCUCGCGUCCCUGGAGUACCCCCAGCACAUCUCCAUCGCGAUGGCCGUCACCUUCAGCCUGCUCCUCCUCCUUGCCCUGUUCUUGCUGCACCCUGUGCGCUGUGCCUUCAGCAUCACCAUGCCGACGCUGGGCACCAAGCAGGGCCGGAAGCUCCUCUUGUCAGCCUGCAUCAUGAUAGCAGUGGUUAACAUCACCCCCAACAUCAUCAGCAACAUCAAGACCUUACUGCAGGUCAUCCUGUGCAUCUGCAAGAAUUCCUCUGAGAGCCUUUUGAACUCCACUGAUCUGCUGGAGAAUGCUUCCUGGAAGCUGGGGGAUGAAAUCCAAAAUUAUGCUAUUUUGAAGCCCAUGGAUGGACAUUUUCAGUUUUCACUGGUGAAGAACAACUCCUGGAUUAACCAGGUGCACCUCGCUGGUGAGAAAGCCAGGAAGGAUUUUUUGGCAGUCGAGGUGCUGGUCAAAGAUUGUGUGCGAGCAGGCAACAAACUGGUCGCCGCCUUCUCUGUGCUCUACCUCUGCUUUGAGUCCGUCUGGUACUUGAAGAAUUACCUCACCAACCUUCGCUUCGACAAUAUUUACAUCACCACGAAGCUGCAGCGUUUGGCUGAGGACGGAGGAGCCUCCCACAUGUUGGUGGGCUCAGCCCAACGCCUCAUCCGCCCCACGGGCCUCAGGCUGUCCCGCGAGGAGCUGAUGCUGUGCCUGGCGCAGGCGCUGCGCCUGUCGGUGGCCCUGCUGCUGGUGCUGGUGGUGGUGGCCUUGGAGCACCUCAUCUUUGGCGUAGCGGAUGUGGCAGUGAGGAGGAUGGCUCAGCUGUCCACAGUGCCCGUCACACUCAGCAUCAAAUACCAGGCUGGAAUAGACUUCCUGAAAAUCUCACUUCCUGUGAAGGACGUUGAUAGGAGCUACCACCACUCCCUGACCUUCAGCUCUGCCGGCUGCAGGAUCAGCCCCCCAGUACCUCCCAACCCCUCCGUGCUGCUGGUUGUAGGACUGCUCUUCUGCAUCAUCUAUGCCACCGUGUUUCUGGAAACCUAUGCACGCCGCCUGUGCAGGAAAAUUGCUGCUUCCUUCUUUGAGAGCCGGGAGGACGAGCGGGCACGUUACCUCUAUGGCAAGCUGUCCCGGCAGCACAGGCAGACAACACAGCUGAGAAAUGAAGGAUAAUUUUGGGCAUGCAGGGAAUGACAAAGAGCUUGUGGCAAUAACUGGAUAUGCAAAGGAAUCACAGAAUUCACUCUCCAGAGUCAGAGAAGUGGUUGGAGU